GAUGCACAUGCUGUUUCCAUUUAUGUUAGCGCUCCAGAUCUUAGAAGACACACGUUUGGAAUAAAAAAAAUAAAGAAAGACUCAACCAACAAUCUAUAUAAUUAUCAUCAUCUGCUGCUUUUCCUCCCUGGCAAAGAAACACUACAUCCAUUUGCAGAAAUCGCCCGCGGGAAUGUUACAUCAAAACUAAUCAUAACGAUUAAAAUCAGCGUUUCUGUGCGAGAGGAAGGCAAUAGGCUAGUUGGCGGCAGGAGUGAGGAUGUUGUAUGCCGAAAAAACAGCAAGAUAUCUUUAUACGAUUUUAUGAAGAAAUAUAAAAUACAUUUUCCAGAAAGGCGGACGCACUGCUGUAAGUGAUCUGCUCUUUAGCUCGGAGUUUUAUUGUGGAGAUUGGUUUAGACUGGGGUAGAGACAUGAGCUAAUUGUAUCCUGAUCUUUGCCUUGAGGGGUUUCGGAGCCCUGGAGCAAGUACUCUCUGUAUUUUGUUCUGUCUACCUUAGCCAAGCUAUUGCAUUUCUCACCAGUGUAGGAAGGGAAGCAGCUCGCAGCGAAAUCGGAGAGAAGGGGUUCUCAAAAAUAUACUUUAUGCCCAUCCAUGUUUCAGGUAAGCGGAGAUUUAUUUGGUUUGCUAAUAUUUCCGAAGCUGGUUUGACUGGGACAUUCAAGGCGCAGCCGCUUUUACGCAUGUGCCAGGCGAUGAGCACCAUAGUUCUAACAAAAUAUUUAACCACUUCCUGGAUGUUGUUCGGUGUUUAACAACUGUAUGUUUGUUAAAGUGCCAACGACUGGCUUCAAAUGCUUAUUUUUAUUUUCACCGAAUUGUACGACCUUCGGUGAGCAAACACCGUAGCUAUCCGCCCGUGUGAAUUCGCUCCUGGCGCAUUAGCCUACUUCAGCCCCUAACACAUUAUUGUCUCCGUUUUCCCCGUCGGACUUCUUGUCACACACUCUUAUUACAAACAUAUUAUAGGCAUUUCGAUAGGCUUUUCCUAUAUUCGUUUGUUCUAAACCAGUUUCAUUUCCUUAGUGCCCCAGAUCUGGCUAAUGAAAGACGCCAUUGUGGAGUAAUUUUGCCGGAGGGGUUUUCUUAUUUUGUAAGACAGGACGUACCUAUUCAACACACGUCAAUGCAGAUUCUGUGAAUAAUGUCUUUGUAUUCGCCGUCAUUUUGUAACGAUAACCCUAUCUAUGUAAACCAAGAGAAAAUGUAGGCUACAGUAUUUUCCUUUUGCUUCCCAUAUAGAUCUCUUGCGGGGCUGACCUAUACCCGUGCGCAGGGAAUUCCACGGUACAGACGCGCCACUGCAAAUAAUUAAACUCCCGGGCGGAAGUCUGGAUCUAUGUUUGCAUCUUUGUAGCUGUGAUGUUAUGGAGACAAAACAUGAUAUAUAUGGUUAGUAUUAUCAGUGUACAAAUUCACAUUUUACAUUGUUUGUGUAAUAAAUUAGCCUACUAGUAUGAUCUAUGCUUGCGCAUCAGGAUGUGGCCACAAUGGAUAUGGACACAAUGAACACACUAUGCAACUUUUUUGAACUUCUAAUUGCCAUUUGCCAAUCUACAUCCAACAGUAUACAGGCUGCUGGUAACAUAUUUGUACGGCUAUCCUACAAGUUUACACAUAUGUUUAUGUGCUUCUUUACGACAUCCACCAUGUAAUUAUUUAAUUCUGACCAAGGCACACUAGUGCAGUGAAUGUGAUUACGUGCCAUUUUAAUGCCAGAAAGUAAAACGCGCGCAGAUGUUGGAACAGUGAAGUAUUCCUUACUUUUGAGUAAAAUGCGUGGCUGUAGGAGCGUUCACUGGAGGGCGCUGUUAUGACAAGAGCAACAUUGGCAUCUGUGCUUAAAAGGGCACCAUGUCUCACAUUGCAUUUAAUGGUGUCCACUUAUGUACAGAAUUUAGUCGUGAACAGACAUGGUUAUGAUUUGUAUCCCCAAUUAGAACUAUAUAAAUAAGUAAUGUUAGUAUUCAACAUUUUCCCUCUCAUAGUAAGUGCAAUAUGUUUCCAAGCAGUUACUACUUGAGUAAUGUGCUUCUCACUUCUUGUCUCACCUGAGAGGAUCUCCAAAUGUGCAAUGGGCACCUUUUUAAAAAUGGCCAUAGGCAAAAAAGUGGACACAACUGCCAUCCUGAUUCUGUAAACACUUGACUAGUGACUACCUGUGACUUGGUGUAAAUGGCCUGAUUUGAAAUGCCAAGUGUAUAAAGUGUUCCAAAUUACAAGGUACAGUUGCACUAUGGGAAAUUAAGGGCUUCUUAGAGUGCUGACGCUACACCCAUUAUUGGAUCAUUACAUGUUUAAAAGUUUUAGGACUUGAUGGGGGAGGAAAAAUAUUCCUACGAAAUUCCUUCUUGUGCAUGUAGCCUUGUUACAUUGUUAACAAUGUUUGUUCCACACACACCAUGUAAAGUAUUUGUUGAAAACUAAACACCGAAACUGAGUUUAGUCCGACAACAAAAGCUUUGAUCCAUUGUGCCAACUCCAGAUUUGUUUGAACAGGUUGGGGUGUGGAUGCGGUCAACACAAUUACACCAGACUAGGGUAAACAAGCAAGUCACUUGAGACAGAGCAAUUUUAAAUUUGUUUAGUGUGUUCUUGCAGUAUAAAUGUAGGAACUUGUGUAGCAAGGGAACAUUGAACCACUAACAAAUGGUAGAGCAUGUGUUUUGUAUACACAUAGCUAUGUGGUAGGCCUACAUUAUUCAAAAUGGCAACAGGUGGGAAGACUGACUGCAGCAGUUCUGAAAGGAAACGGGAUGAAAGGAAUGGGUGUAUUGUGUCAGGCCACCCACAGCAUUGCGCCAUCAUGGAGUCUGUGCUCUAUCGGUGCUUUGCAGUGUGUUGCUUGUCAGGUUCUACUGAUGAUCUUAUCACCUCAGUAUUCUGGGUCAUAGCUAGACAUAAUCAUACUGGUGGUCCAUGCCACAGUAGACAUGAGUUUUAGAUUUGUACUGUAUGAGUUGAAAGGUGCUCCUGCUGUUUGAAGGUAGGAGUAGUCGACCUGAAAAAUAAUCCGCAGGACAUGGUUUUAAUUUGAUUUGGCAUGAAGUAGUUGUGCUACAAGUACUCAAUCCCAUGCUCCCGUUCUAUCUCCCUCGCUCCAUGGUGCACACACACACACAUACCUACACACACUUUCAUGAUUCUUAGCAGAUUCUCCACUCCAUCCACUUUCAUGAUGACAAGGCUUUGAGGAAAGCCAAUUCCAGCGAGCUGGUUUACAGGACUUACUUUCUCCACACACACCAUCUCCCACAAAUUAGUCGGGGAACAAAUUACCUGCAUUCUGAGUGUGAUCUCACGCACUUUGCUGGCUGCCUUACACAGGUCCCCCUUUUGAAGAGCGGCCGUGUGGUUUCUUCCUCUUUGUUCACCCCGCGGGCCCCUCUGCCUUCUGCGAGAGGGAUUCUGGAGUUGAAUUUUAAAACUAUGCAUGGCGGCUGUCUGCCUGCGCUUAUCAGCUCGUGCACAAACGAACUGCAUGCAAAUCAGGGCAGGAUCACACGCCACAGUUGAGGCCUGCACUCAAAGGCAGGCUUAAUUGCUAAUUGGGUAUCUAGGUGUGAAACCCACACUGCCAAAACAGAGAAGUAAAAACAUGGAUGUUUUAAUGCCAGUUGUGGUUGUUUUUAAUUAAUUUAUUCAAUUUUAACUUAUUUAAAAUGAGUGGAUUGGAUUUCCUGAAUGUUUUGGGAAAAUAACCCAAGACUUCCAACAUGAAUCUAACAUGCAUGUUGUUUCUUGGGAUUCUGUAUACGCUACAAUAAGAGGUCUGAUGUUGUGGAUUCAAAGGUAUCAUAUUAUGAUCUGUUGUAAUCUUUGGACAUGUUUUAUUCCUCUUUUUGAAAGAGAAUAAUAAUUGCCUGUGGCUCUCUGAUUGGCCAUUAGAUUAGAUCUAGAAGUGACUUUGAAGUCUGCAUAUUUCUGGUAUAGACCAAGACCAUAAUGCUUUAUACGGGGAGCUGUUUUUUUGGCUGUGAGAAUGGUAGGUACCUGACUACUUGUAAGAAGGGCACCUGGACAUAAGUAUUAAUGAGAUAAGACUAAAGAAAAGCCCAUCACAGACACGUCAUUGUGAAACAAAGUAGAAAUGUAUCCACAACAGUUACACAUCAGGAUCCUGCUAGUUUAUGUAAAAUGGGUGGGAGGGUCACUGUUUUCAUUUGCUCUUAAAAUCUCCACCACAAUCUUAGCCCUCCUGAAUAUGGCCCAUUGUUCUGGGAGAAUACUAUGUGUCAGCUUUAUGUGAGUAAACAGGUCUUGAGAUGGUGUGCUACAGAGACUAAAAGGGUCUAUGGAAAGGUUCAUCCAGGGUCACCAACACCCUGGGGGCUAGUGUGUGUGCAUGUUUUAGAUGAAACUGUUAUUAUUUUUCUUAUUUUUUUUCGUGAACAAAAAAUUAACUGCUAUCUACUGUGUUUUAAUGUCAUUUGGUUAGUCACUGAACACUGCACUGUUAGUGUUACUGUGAGUUUUGUAUUUUCACCAAGGACUUGUUGCCAGACUUCUGGACAAGGUUUAGUUUCUGAUUCAGGCUAGAUUGAAAAGCAAUGUUCAGCCUAUGUUAGUGCUUGAGAGGCAGCUGGAACAAAGGAUGACGGGAGGAAAUAGAAAGGGCAAAGGCGAGGGCGCAAAUCCAGGUGUGCGUCGUGGAUAUACCUGCGCUUUUGGGGUGGUCCAAUCUUGAAUCUGAUGUCUGAUUUAUAUAGAAUAUGCUACACCUUUUAGCAGACAAACAGUAAAUGCGACAAUACCUGCUUUUUAUAACAACGACAACCCUAGAAACCCUGAGGCACUAGAAUGCUAAUGUUGUCCGGGGCUUUGACUUAUCCAUACAACCAUUGCAAAAGCGGCAGUGACUGCCACAGCAUCGCUCUUGUGUGUGCUGCUUCCACCCAUUCACGGAUCUCCGGAGUCUGCAGGUGGAAACAGACAGCAUCUCCAACUUGAAGCCUGUUUUUCGUGCGCCAGGUUUGAUAAUGGACGCAACGGAUAUCAUGGAUUUAACGCAUCAGAAAACGAGAAAACGCCCGCGUCCAAUCAGUUCUGUGGAUGAGUCCGUAGUACAAGCGUCCCUGAAACGAAUCUCAAUGCGAACGGCGGAAUGCGGGGACGCUCCGUUCAUAUACUCAAGAGGCGACCCCUUACCUGCAGCAUCACUGAAGCAGAAUGAUUAUUCUGUGUCUUCCUCGCCAGCCACAGUUUUGUCAGCGCAGGUAGGCUAAUGGAGAUUUAGUCCAAUUCGUUGCAGCAAACUUCGGUUGUCAAAUUACUUGCGACAUGACAUGGCUACACUUCAUUGUAGGGGCUUUGUUUGAUGUCGACUGCCUAGUGCCUACCCAUCAACAGUGGAAGUUGUUGGAUAUUUAUUUGAUGUGAAUAUCAUCAAUGCCAAAUUGUUUUGUAUGCAUUUUCCCACAUUGAUAAAAUCGGUUCAGCAGAGCAAAUAUCAUUCUAGAUUUAAUCCCGAUUUUUCCAUUAAGGUUUUGCAAUUCCCUGUGUAAUUACUACUUAAUAAAAAUUAUAACAUUACAUUUCUUCCUCCAAUGACAGUGUUUUCAUAUUAUUGUGUAGAGAUGGACCUGUUUUAUUUUCUUAUUGGCUCAGAGGAGGGUCUUGAAUUUGUGAUUGAUUGAGAAACUCAAUUUGUUCUGUGUUCCAUUAGAAAUUAUUGCCAGCUAAUUGUGUUUUUAGGUUAGCAGGGAACAUUUAUUCUAAAUCUUAUUACAUUAUUCAAAUCUAGACUGAUUAUUGCUCUUUUCGGUAUGUGUGAAAUUGCUGUUCCAAAUUAAUUUGGCUUUGGAAGAUGAUUAUGCCCAACAGAUAUGGAGGGUUGUGGUUGGUAUCAUUCAAGUCAAGGUCAGGAAAUACUAUGCUAGUGUAACUCAGCGACAUCUAUUCUCUCAGUCCUGACAGAACAGAAGAGUUGGACCUUAGCCAACUAUUUGACCAUAACUUUUUCAGAAUGAUGAGGAGAAUAUUGUCUGGCCAAUCAGUCUUGCAAUGUUUUUUAACUGGUGCACAUUUACCAAUGGAAAAAUGCACAUUUACAUCCAUAUUAUGAACAGAUCAUUUUCAUGGCUUCUCGAUUCAAUCUGUACUGUCCAGCAUAUUGAUAAUCAUUAAUAUGAUUUGUCUACUUGUUUGUGACAGGAUAACCGUUCCAGCAUGUCCAGGCCCAUGAUCACCAGAUCACCAGCAUCCCCCUUGAGUAACCAGGGCAUCCCGACGGCCGCCCAGCUCACCAAGUCCAAUGCCCCCGUGCACAUUGACGUGGGUGGACACAUGUACACCAGCAGUCUGGCCACGUUAACCAAGUACCCAGAGUCCAGGUAAGCACAUGUGACCACUCUCCUAUUGAUGCAGUUCCUCAAUUAUAAUUUACUAAACAUAUGUCUUUGUUUUGGUACCUUUUAGGUACACAACGCCACAGUGUUUUCAUCAAAGACCUUCAUAUGUGGAUCUAGAGGGUGUUUGGGAUGAUUGAGGUUGAAAGUGAGAUGAUGAUGUAGCUAGUAGCCUAGCCCAUCAUGUCAGCCGUGUUUAUCUGGAUUAGCUCUCGGACUGCCUAACGUCAUAAUUUAACAGCUCAGAAAAGACAAGUGUCAAAGUUCAUCCAAUCACAAUGAUUCAGCACUCAAAUGGAUGAAUGAGGUGGGAAAGAUUGGAUUUGAACACAGGGCUUGAUAUUACAGAGAAAAAAAAUCACAUUCAAACUCAUAUUAUGAUUAUUGAGGCUAUUCUACAAUACCCUGAUUACAAUUACUAUCCAUUGUCACAAUAUUUCCACACAAUACCAAAUACAAAAUGGCCUCAAUUUUUCAAGCCCGCCCCAGAGUUAUUUUGAGCAGUAAACAUUUGCAGGGCUCAAAAGUCCAAACUGCAGACAAAAGCAUCUCAGUUAAUCUGACAGAUGUCCCAGCAGCAGUAAAAGGCCAAAGGGCGCGGGGCCAUCUGGAGGCAGGAGGGCCACUCUGCAGCCUGAGGCCGGGCCCCCAGGGCGCCAUCCUGCCUCGGGCAUCUCUCUACCAGCUGGCCCUGACCCCUCCAUCAGACCACAGCACAGCUCUCAUCUCAUCCAUGCCGCUUCAUUUCUCUAUUCAUUUAUUUCUCCCAUUUUCUUUCCCUCUCAUUCUCUCCUUCUGUUUAUGUCUCUCUUCCUCUCUGUCUGUUUCUUUCUCUCUCACUCUCUCACUGUUUUUCUCUCCCUCCCUAUAUCUCUCCCACUCUCUUUCUCUGUGCAUGGAGCAGAGUAAUGUGUGCAUCACUCAACAAAGGUGUGAAAGAAAUCAAACACCCACAUCUAGUGAGUCAUAGAAUCUGCACAUGAGUCACUGUCCUGUAGCCAUAUUAGGUGAUCUUUUCCUAUGCUCAAAACCACACCUGGUGUACUGUCAAUUCAAAUGUAUAGCUCAACAGCUCAACUCAAGAGUAGCAGCAGUUUGUUUGGCCCUAUAACAAAUGAUAUAUUGAAGGAAAACAAAUAUCUACACAUUGUUGUAUGCACAUUGACCGAAAGGUCUUCGUCAGGCGAGAUUACCGACCGAGAAUGUCAUCAAGCUUUUGCCUCUAGGUCAUAUGUUUAUAGACAUCUUUCUCUCUCCACCUUCUAACUGUCUCCACCUUUCUUUCUCUCCCUCUAGAAUCGGGCGUCUCUUCGACGGCACAGAGCCCAUAGUGUUGGACAGCCUGAAGCAGCACUACUUCAUAGACAGGGAUGGACACAUGUUCCGCUACAUCCUCAACUUCCUCAGGAUCUCCAAGCUCCUCAUCCCAGACGACUUCAAAGUGAGUGUCUGACUGUCCCUUCCACUGCAAUCAAUCAGCUAGCCAUCACUAGUCCCCAAACAUUCAGGGGAACAAAGUGGACACCUUAGUCAUGGGCAACCCUCAGUACUUGGUCUCCCUAGGAUUGGUGCUGACAGAUUACAUACUGUGUGGAGUUACAAGUUCUGAAAUAGUAGGAUUUUAUACCUUAUGUGUUUCUAGAUAAAGUAAUCUUAAGACAUCAUGCGUUAGAGACCUUCGUUUUGCAGUAGAUUUGUUGCUUGAUUCUUAUCCCCCUAUGUUUCUGUAUGUUGUAUGAGUGUCCAGAAGAGUCACUGAUCCUCACUGUAUGUGAUACAUUUGUAUUCUGUUUGCUAGCUUUUUGCGUCAUUUAGCCCUUAAUUACAAACUUGCCCCCAGAGAAAACAAAUAAUCAUAUUAUCUGAUGGACUGUCCACACAGUGACUCAAUCAGGGGGAAAGUAUAUCAGCUAAAAUAAGCAAAGACGAAAGACUAGCCCAAGUUCAGACCGAGGCCAAAUUCACCCUGACAGAUGCGCAGAUGUGACACUGAGGAGUCUGAGAAAAAUUGGAAUGUGCGAUUAAGCCCCUCGGUCCUAUGGGUAAGAUAUCCCACACGGUCUCAGUGGGGUUUUUGGUAGCCUAGAUACCUGCCUGGUCUUCACACAGUUUGUUCGUAUGAAUGUCUAUUAUUCCUUUUUGUUCUCAUUCCUGUUAUGGUGGAUGGAACUCUUCCAGCAUCCCCUGUGUUUGGCCAUCUCUUUUACUAGGAUAUAGAAGUGGAGGCAAUGUGUUGGGAACCCAUACAGUUCUUUCACCCAUAUGAAAGAGAUGAGACAAAGGAGGAAAGGAAAUAAGAAACCCAUUAUACAGUAUUGAGACAUCCUUUGCCUCAGCCUGACUUGUCCUAUCCUCACUGACCUGUCCCCUCUGUGCUGCCCCCUGCAGGACUACAGUCUGCUGUACGAGGAGGCCCGGUACUUCCAGCUGCAGCCCAUGCUGGCCGAGCUGGAGCGAUGGCGCCAGGACCGCGACCUGGCCCGGGUGUCACGCCCCUGCGAGUGCCUGGUGGUGCGCGUGGCACCCGACCUGGGAGAGAGGAUCACGCUGAGCGGAGACAAAGCCCUCAUCGAGGACGUGUUCCCAGAGAUCGGAGACGUCAUGUGCAACUCUGUCAACGCAGGCUGGAACCACGACUCCACACACGUAAUCCGCUUCCCGCUCAAUGGAUACUGCCACCUCAACUCCGUCCAGGUGAGGGCAGAGGACACCAGACACACGCGCAUGCCAUGGCCACUCUAAGGAAACUCCAUGUUCACCCAAUAUCGAUGUUGUAUAGUAGGCUAGAUAUAAAUGUUCCCCUUAUGUUCAUCAGUUAUGAUGAAACCAUUGUCUCAGUCAGAGAUGCAUCAAUAAAUGAAAGCACAGAAACAUUAUUAAAUAUGUAGGACAACGUUUCCUCAUUCUUACUGUAUAUUGCAGGAAGCUUUUCUCUCUCGCAUACACACACACACACACACACACACACAAACCACUCAAGUUUAUGCAGUGGAGAGAGGGACCGAGAGAGAGAGUGGGAGAGAGAGCUCCACUCUGCUCCAUGGCAGGUUGUCCUGAGGCAGGGCCCAUAAUUCUGUUUGGUUAUUAAAGCACGCCGGUGGUGGGUGCUGUAUCUGGGCCUAAUGGAGGCAGGGUGUGGGGCGGAGGGGGGGGGGGAGAGACUGCCAGCAGUGGGGGGAAGGAUGCCAGCAGUGGGGGGACCUUUGUAGUUCUGGCGGGGGCUCUGGCCUGGGGCUGGGGGAGAGAAGGGCGUGCUGAGCAGCCCACACUGAACCAAGUGGCAGAGAGAGAGAGAGAGAGAAAGGCCCUACUGCUCCCUGGGGCCUCUUUGAUGGAAUGUGAUCCUGCUGCCCUCGGGACACGUCUGUAGAUGUCUGCAAGGCUGCGGGGAAAAAUCUACACAUGCACAGAGACUCAUGCACACACACAGAGACAUACACACACACAGAGAGAUAUACACACACUUACAAACAAUGAGAAUAAGUCAGGCAGUGAGAAUGAGAGGCUCUUGGUUUUGGGUAAGAAGGGAUGGAUGUCCCCUUCCAAUAUAUUCCCCUUCAUUUAUCUGUGUCCUUUGUCAUUAUUCUUUUGCUAUAUAAUCUGUUCUUCUCGGUUUUAUCAUCUCUAAUGCCACUUCCUAUCUCGUGCUAGUCUUGGGCGCAUGUUGACACAUGUUGUCAUUGAGUUUGUUUCUAACUACUUAAUACUACCAACUCUGAUUGACCUGAUGUUAAGAGCAUUGGUUCUCUGUGUGACAGGAAAACACUUUUUAUGUUUCUCAACAUCUCUCUCCCCUCUCGUCAGGACAGCUAAAUGUUUCUCUGUGUGUAACGUCUAAACAGUGUUAGCUAUCAUGUUACCUCAACACCCCUUCUCUCCUUGUGUCCACAAGGUCUUGGAGCGUCUGCAGCAGCGUGGCUUUGAGAUCGUCGGAUCAUGUGGUGGGGGCGUGGACUCAUCCCAGUUCAGCGAGUACGUCCUGAGGAGGGAACUGAGGAGGGCGGGCCAGAGAGGAGGGCCUAACUCAAACCGGAUAAAACAGGAACAGCUGGACUAGAGACCUCCAAGACACACCGGGGGUGCUAUACUUUUUUCGGUGGCAGCCAAGCGCUAGAUGGGACGCAGCAGAGCUCUGUGGAUUCUGGGUAUAAUGCUGCGCUCAUGUGCUAAUCAGAACUAGGAAACUCAGAAAUUUCCGACAUGCUAACUGGU